GAAAAAAACAAAUUUAGUUCAUUUGGAUACGUGUUAGUGAGCAAGAGUCAUACACAACUAGUUCACAAGAAGAAAAAUUAAUAAAUUUUUCAGAGUGCACGUUUAAGACAGGAAAACUAAUUGCAAAAUUAUAAAAAUAAUUAUUUAAAAGAAACAAAAAAACAUAAUGAGUGUUAAAGAAUUUGAAUUAGAUUAUAAUAAAUACAUUAACUAUGAUGCCGAAACAAAUAUUGCUCAAUGUUUGGUUCCCGAGUGUCACACAGUUUUCAUAGGAAAAAAGAAAAUUGGUUUAAAACGGCAUUAUCAGCAGGUACACAAUAUGAAUAUACAAGAAAAUGAUAAUAGUGUUAUACCAACAACAACAACGACAACUAACGCAACAAACCAAAAUAUUCACAAUAGUCCGAACAAUACGGACCCAUCGCAAAUGCAGUAUAGCAUUAAAUAUGUUAAUGAUAAUAAACCGGCUAAAGGGAAACAUGUUGAACAUAAUGAUGGAGAAGCUAAUGACGAUAAAGGUUAUCGCACAUUCCUGGUGGCCGAUUAUGUGGAUUACAAUAGAGAAACCAAUGUAUCGAAAUGUUUGAUAAAGAAUUGCGAAAGACCCAUGAGUGGCCGUCGUACAGGUAAUAUUAAGAGACAUUAUCACAAGGUACACAAUUUUGUUAUUGUACACGAUAACCAAGAGACAUUACGUGCUAUGGGUAAGGAAUUAACAGAAUAUUAUAAUAAUGACACCUAUGCCGAUACUAGAAUGGAAGAGGAAAUACCCGAGGAACAAAUGGCCGAUUUAGGGGAUCAACAAACAACCAUAAACUUUGAACAGUAUAUAGAUUAUGAUCCCUUAAUCAAUAAGUCCUUGUGUAAGGUACCCGGCUGUAAAGCUUAUCUAGUAGGCUUAAAACCUUUUAGCAUUAAGCGUCACUAUGGUCUGGUGCAUAAUUAUGACAUUGAAUCGAAUGGUGCUAAGCCAUUUGAUAAAUCCAAAUACAGUAAAAUCUCCAAUGGACAAGUAACCAAUACAUCUAUUAUUUCGGUAGAUGAUUUAGUAUCUUAUGAUGUAAAAUCUUGCACUUUUCAAUGUUUAUUUAUUAAUUGCAAUCAGACGCUAGAAAAAGAGUUGGCCGUUGCUAAGCGUCACUAUCACGAGAAGCAUAAAAUCAUUAUAGCCCGUGAUUCGGAUAAUAUACCACAACGUUUCUAUCGCAAACGUAAACACCACGAUAUGUCUUCAACAAGUAAUUUUGAAAAUGAGUUUAUGCGUGAUGAGCCGGAAUACAUGGAAGAAAUGUUGGAACCUACUUGUUUUAUUAAAAAUGAACUAUUAAGUGAUGAUGAACAACAACAACAACAGCCCCAUUCGUCUAAAAGAGCCAAUUAUAAUUUAAACGAUUAUAUGAAAGAAAGAGAAUCAUCAACUGCUUAUUUUAUUAAAAAAGAAAAUCCCCCCGAAGAUGAAAAACCCUAUCAAUAUUUAAAACAAAUACAUUCCCCUAAUAUUCCAACAGUAGGCCUAAAUAAGGCUUCAUUUUAUCAGCUAUGUUUGGGCUUGGUAAUAGAACGUGACAUUUCCCUACAACUAUUUGAUGAUGAUAAAUAUUUUAAGCCGUUAUUGGCUCCCUAUGAACAGGCAUUAGAUUGUCAAAUGAACGCCAACUUAAUGGAAGAACUAUUGCAUAAGGCAAAUAAUAUUAUAGAGGAAGAUUUAAAGGAAAUAUUUCAGAAUAAAAUAGUGUGUUUGGAAUUAUAUGUUUUGAAGCGUGAAAAUAAGUAUUUUUUGGUAUUUAAUGUACGUUUUUUGGAACAGGAAAAAGUGGAAAAUAAAGUAAUUGGAUUUUUACCAAUUAAUAAAACAACUAAAAUCAUACCUUUUGCUGAUUUUUUAAACAAAUUUAACAUUGAUGAGCAACAAGUCUAUAUAAAAACCAUUAUGCCGGAACUACUAAAUGAUGAGGAAAUCUAUAAUAUAUGUAAUACUAUAUGUAGACAUAAUGCAAAUAUACAUAAUCAUCCCAUUUACGAACUACACAUCAUUUUAAGACAAUUUCUACAAAAAUACUCGACAGACAUUAAGAAUUGGCAAGAACUGAGUGAAUACCAAGAAACUGAAAAGGAUAUAAUAAAAAAUCUAAAAGAAUUUGGUCAAUACUUAGAGAAUUAUCCAAAUACUGAGGAAAAAUUACCGGAAUCGAGGCUUUUCUUUAAAGCCUUGCAAAUAUUUUGGAAUUUAAUGGAGAAACUUAAUGGAGAACAAUAUGUGGCCGGUGAUUUGUUUCGCGAUUGGUUGUGUUGUGAAUUGGAAUUAAAAGGAGAACUAAUGAAAAAUAGCAACAACUAUGCGGGCAAAUUGUAUGAAGAUUUGUAUUUUUGUAAAAAUAAUCUUCUAGAAAUAAGUGAAUUUGCAGCGGCUUUAUAUUUGGAUGUAAGAUUUAAUUUCUUGGGUUCACGUUUAUUAAGUGAGGAAAACAUAAGUCAGGGCAAGUUAUUACUUUGUACUUUGGGUGAAAGAUUCAAUUAUUAUCUAACAAACAACAGUAAUAAUCCCUCACCCCAGGAUGAAUCGAAUGACGAUGAAUAUGCUUUGUUGACGCAACAUAUCAAUGAUACGAUGCCUUUUAAAACCGAAAUCUCUUUGGAGGAUAAACUUACCAAUUGUGUAGCCACAAAGCGAGAACCAUUCAGUUUGGAUAUUUUAAAGUAUUGGCAUAAUAAUCGUCAUGAUAUGGAUGAUAUAAGGGAAUUAAUUAAAAUUGUUUUAACUUUCCCCGCCUCCCAGGGGGUACUAAAAUAUUUGCAAACUAAUUUUAGUGUUGCAACCAGAGACUGUAAUGAUAAAUUUGAUAAAUGUUUUAUUAAGUUUAAUCAUAAAAUUUUAGAAAAAAAUUCUAAACGAAUAUGUGAAAAUUGAAAAGAAAAUUUUAGUUGUAAUGUUUUAUUAAAUGAUAUAGUAGUAGUGAUUAUUUAAAAUUGAAUAAAACUAUAAAG